GCUUAAAGCAUGGCUCUGUUAAUCCGCCCUGUACACACCCGCACGUACAGCCCCGGCGGCAGCACCGAGGAGGAUCCCGACGGCCGCAGCAGAUGGGAGAGCUCCGGUUCCGUUCAUCCCACGCCUCCUGCAAGCGGGCGAUUAAAGCCCAAGGAUUCCUACUCGUUUUCUCGCAGCCCCCCCCGACCCCCAGCCGAGGGACGGAUGCUCUCAAGCUGGAGAUGCCGGGGUUUCGCUGGGCUGAAGUUGAAGAGCGUUUGUAGGAGAGCAUCGUGCGAGGAGCCGGCCCAGCUGUGCUCUGUGGGAUCUCCUCCAUAUCCUCACAGCAGAGCCGUUCCCUGGGACGCCGCGGUUUCCCCACGCUGAGCCCCAUCCUCACUGCUGUGCUGUGUCAUCUCUCCCUGCUCCUUCUUUCACAGUGCCGACAGAUCCGAGCUGGAGCUGCUGACUCCUGCGUGGAGCUGUGAUUCCUUCCCAGGGUUUGUGCUAUUUCCAGCUCCUUUUGCCCCCAUUCCUGUGAUGCCCAUCCCCUUGUGCUGGGAACAAACCCUGCUUGGCAGCACGCUGUGCUCUGCUCUGUUUGCAGCCACUUUUCCCAAGCUGUAGGACAGCUGAGGGUGAAUCUUGCAUGGCACGGAGGCUCAGCUCUGCAUGAGCUGCUGAGGCAGACGUGGAUCUGCAGGAUGAGCAGAGCUGCAGGCAGAGCCUAGGUGCCCCAUCAGCAGCAGGUGGAUGCUGACACCAUGGAGGUGGCCAACACCAGGGAUUUCCAAUGGAAGACCCUCGCCCCGCUGCCGAGCCGCCGGGUUUAUUCCACGCUGGUGGAAGUGGGUGGGCAGGUGUUUGCCAUCGGGGGCUGCGAUGACAACGGUGUCCCCAUGGAUUGCUUUGAGGUCUAUUCCCCCGAGGCUGACCAAUGGACGUCGCUGCCCCCCAUGCCCACUGCUAGGGCCGGGGUGGCGGUGGCCACGUUGGGCAAAAGGAUCAUGGUGAUCGGGGGUGUGGGGGCCAACCAAGCGCCUCUGAAGAUCGUGGAGAUGUACAACGUGGAUGAAGGCAAGUGGAAGAAGAGGAAUUCGCUGAGGGAGGCGGCCAUGGGCAUCUCGGUGACGGCAAAAGACUACAGAGUGUAUGCAGCUGGUGGGAUGGGAGCUGACCUACGACCACACAACUACCUGCAGCACUAUGACAUGCUGAAGGACAUCUGGGUGUCCCUGGCAGCCAUGCCCACAGCACGGUAUGCAGCCACCUCCUUCCUGAGGGGCACCAAGAUCUACGUGCUGGGGGGAAGGCAGUCCAAGUACGCCAUCAACGCCUUCGAGGUCUUUGACACAGAGACCAGAUCGUGGACCAAGUUCCCCAAUAUCCCCAAUAAAAGAGCUUUCUCCAGCUUCGUGCCCACCGAAGACAAACUGUUCAGCCUUGGGGGCCUGCGGCAGGGCCGGCUGUACAGGCAGCCCAAGUUCAUGAGGACUGUGGAUGUGUUUGACUUUGAGCAAGGUGGUUGGAUGAAGAUGGAGCGCUCCUUCUACCUGAAGAAACGGCGAGCAGACUUUGUGGCUGGCUACCUGAAAAGCAGAGUCGUCGUGGCUGGGGGACUGGGAAACCAGCCGACCGUCCUGGAGUCUGCAGAAGCUUUCCACCCUGAGAAGAACAAAUGGGAGAGCUUGCCCCCCAUGCCCACCCCACGCUGUGCCUGCUCCAGCAUCGUGCUCAGGGGCUGCCUGCUGCUAGCAGUCGGUGGGGUGAGCCAGGGGUUGAGCAGCGCGGUGGAAGCCCUCUGCCUUUCUGAUUCCUAGCAGGGGCCCUGUGGUUCCCUCUGGUCUCCUACAGAGCUGCUGGGGGGGGGAAACCCAGAGGAAGGGACUGUUUGCAGUGUUUGCGCUGUGUGUCCUGCCAGCAGGAAGGGCUCUGCAGAGUGAGAUGAGGGUGAGCAUCUCCCUGCUGCCACCCAAACCCAGCACAGGUUUGGAGGGAUCAGCCAGGUGAGAGUCGGAGUGGGGAGAGCAGAAGCGAUGCCCUCUUUGGGUGCUCGGAGGUCUGUGUUUUCUCCUUGGUGUGCAGGAAGGGGAACUCCAAAUCUGUAUCCAGGUGCAGGAGAUUGUUCUUUUGCCUUUGUAGCAAGGCUUUUCCUGCAGGCCCAUAGCUGUGACUGUCACUUUGCCAGGAGCUGGAGCAAGGAGCUGCCCGUGCUCCUGGGAGGGGAGGAUGAAUGCCCAAAGGACUGCUUUGGUGAGAGGCUGGGUGUUACUUUUGGCACAGGUGUAGCACAAAAAUGCCUUUGCAGGGUUUCACGCAGAGAUGGCCUCCGCUUAGAUUUUAGUUCCUACAAUUAUUUGGGAUCUUCUGUUCAGUCCUGGGAGAAAAGAACAAAAAGGAGCCCUGCCUCCAGAGUACUGGGCAAAGGUUUUCCCAUAGCUUUGAUCUAUAGGGAGGCCAGGGAGCAACAGCCAUGGCUUCUGUUUGGUUUCAUUCCUUCAUAUGGGAGGGUUCGAGCUACCAGCUGACACUCCAAGCUUUGUAGCAUCAUUAAAAGCUGCACCCAGAAAA